AUGGGGAUAAUCGAAGAAGCUCACAACGUGAAGUUCAUUGGCUCAGGAGAGAAGACCAUCGUCCUCGCACAUGGGUUUGGCACCGAUCAAUCAGUGUGGAAGCACCUAGUCCCUCACCUAGUCGACAAUUACCGAGUUCUUCUGUUCGACAACAUGGGUGCCGGAACAACCAACCCGGAUUACUUCGACUCCGAACGUUACUCCACUCUCGACGGCUACGCCUACGACGUUCUCGCCAUUUUGGAGGAGUUUCAAGUUCAUUCUUGUAUAUUUGUAGGCCAUUCCUUGUCCUCCAUGGUUGGUGCAAUAGCUUCCAUACUUCGUCCUGAUCUCUUCUCCAAACUCAUCAUGGUCUCCGCUUCCCCAAAGUUUUUGAACACUGCGGAUUACUAUGGAGGAUUCGAAAGAGAAGAUAUCGAUCAACUAUGCAAAGCUGUAGAAUCCAACUACACGGCGUGGUGCACCGGAUUCGCGCCGCUGGUGGUGGGCGGCGAUAUGGACUCCGUCGCGGUUCAAGAGUUCAGCAGGACGUUGUUCAACAUGAGGCCGGACAUAGCAGUGAGCGUGUUGGAAAACAUAUUGAACUAUGACCUGAGACAUUUGUUGUGCCGUGUGACUGUGCCUUGCCAUAUAAUUCAGAGCACCAAGGACUUGGCUGUUCCGGUGGCCGUCUCCGGGUACCUUCACAGAAAUCUCGGCGGCAAGUCCAUCGUCGAGGUCAUGCCGACGGAGGGUCACCUGCCGCAGUUGAGCUCGCCGGAAAUUGUGAUUCCUGUGCUUGUCCGACACAUUCAACAUGAUAUUGCUGACUGA